CUUUACUUACGUUUAGCAUACCGGUUGUAUUGCUGCUCCACCGUCACACCAGCAGAUGGCCAGAGUGAGCCUAGAGGUUGUCCAUGUAACACCACCGAGGAAGAAGCUCACGAGCACCGUGAGAGGGGCCCUGAGUCCGCGCUGCCGAGUCCAUCAUGGCCGUGCUGGACCAAACUGUGCUGCUAUGUGUGUACGGCUUCUUCUCCAACCUCCGGCCCUCGGAACCGUUCCUCACCGCAUACCUCCUGGGCCCGGAUAAGAACCUCACCGAGAGCCAGGUGGUGAAUGAGGUCUAUCCAGUUUGGACGUAUUCCUACCUGGUGCUGCUGUUCCCCAUCUUCCUGGCCACGGACUUCCUGCGCUAUAAGCCUGUGUUGGUCCUGCAGGCCACCAGCUUAGUGGUCACCUACGUCAUGUUGCUGAAGGUGCAGGGCGUGCUGGCCAUGCAGCUCCUUGAGUUCUUCUUCGGACUGGCUACGGCCUCGGAGGUGGCCUACUACUCGUACAUCUACAGCGUGGUGGAGCCCAAGCACUACCAGAGGGUGACGGGCUACUGCCGCAGCAUGGCGCUGUUUGGAUCAGCUGCUGGAUCUCUGACUGGCCAGCUCCUUGUCUCUCUGGCCAAAGCUCAGCUGCUCCACCUGGUCAUCAUCACUCUAACCACAGCCGCCGUGGCCUUCCUCGCUCCCUGGUUUCUACCCAUGCCCAAGAGAAGUUUGUUCUUCCACAAGAGUCUUGAGAUGGAGGAGAAGCCACGCAGUACAACCGCUCUGCUAGAAAAGGCAGAGGACUUGGAGACCCAACUGCCUCUCCACAGCCAGGCCAUCUCCACAAUACCCAGGUCCACUGAGACAGGAAGUCUUCACAGCGGUCUAGUCGAGGUGCUGCAGGUGCUGCUUGCGGACUUCCUGAAGUGCUACAGGUGUCCUUCCCUGCUGGCCUGGUCCCUCUGGUGGGCUCUGGCCACUUGCGGCUACUUCCAGGUCAUCAACUACGCUCAGGCUCUAUGGGAGAACAUCCGGCCAUCCCAAGACAAUGAAAUCUACAACGGCUACGUCGAGACUCUGGCCACGCUGCUCGGGGCCCUAGCGGCCUUGCUGGUGGGCUGCCUGCCUGUGUGCUGGUCUGUGUGGGGGGAACUAGCUCUCUGUGUCCUGUCCCUGCUGAUGGCUUUGUGUGUGUUUGCUAUGGACACACUGAGGAACAUCUGGCUGUGUUACAGCUCCUAUGUCCUCUUCAGAGCUAUUUACAUGCUGCUCAUCACCGUGGCAACAUAUCAGAUAGCAGCCAGUCUCAACAUGCAGCGUUACGCCCUCGUGUUUGGGGUGAACACCUUCCUGGCCCUGCUGCUGCAGUCUCUGCUCACGGUGGUGGUGGUUGACUCAGCCGGCCUCGGCCUCGAUGUCUUUACUCAGUUCCUCAUCUAUGGCGGAUACUUUGUUGUUAUUUCGGUGGUCUUCCUGCUCGCUGGCCUUUACAAGUUGGCCUCAAGGAGGCGCUCCAAGCAGCAGCAGGAGCAGGUCCUGGCCAACGGCCGGGCAGAAAGCCAGUGCGACUCCCCUCCAGUAAGCUGAAGAAGGUUAUUGAUGGCGCCUAACAUCCUAAACAAAGCCGCAUGAGUGAGUGAGCACAGUGACCUCAUAGACCCCCGAAGGAGCCACAGAGCUGCUGCCUUGUGUGGCGACUCCAGAGAAUCUCCAACUGUAUUAACCUUCAUUGGCCACUAAAUGGACGAGUGCCUCCAAACUGACUAAGGAGAUGUUGCUCUACUGAUUCAUUCUAUUGGUGUUUAAUGAUGUUCAACACGGACUGAACUAUGCAGGAAAGAUGAGGUAGAUCCACAACAACAGUCCCAAGUAUGUUCAUACAUACCCUGGUCCUGCGAUUCAUGGAAUAUAAAGGAUCAGAGCUUCUCUGAACUGCCUCUCUGCUGAUUCCACACCAUCAUCUGCUAUUUACCUCGCACAUUGUUUCUGUAAGUUUCCCGGCUAAUGGAACUUGGUGCCUUAGACGUGGCGUGAAAGAGAAUGUUACUUUAAUAGUUCACGAGAACAAGAUAUGUAUUUCCUGUAACGCUGUAGAUGUGUGUUUGGUACGAUCAUCGAUUAUGAUUGGCACUGAUGAGUAUCUGAAUUAGUUAUCAAUGUGGCUUUGAUGAAUAAUGUCUUUAUUAUUGUUAGCCACCUUAUAUCUGUACUAGAUGUGAAUUACUGCAACAUCUAGUACAGAUAUAAGUGUCAACAGUGUCCAUUAUUGGGUCCAUUCUCAGUCUAUUGGUCUUCUCCACUGGAAUAAGUUAUUUUCUCAGCGUCAAAGGCUGUUCCCAAAUCCUCUGUUUGUAAGCAGAUGAGGGAAGAAGGAGGAGAAAUGUCUGAGGAGCAUGAAAGCACCUUCCAGGAAGCGUUUUCGCAGAGUGAAGACGAAUCACAGAUUAAACUCUUGUUCUAUAAUGUAUUAUAGUUUUCUGUUUUAAUUAUACAUUGAUGCCUGUGCAACAAAAUAACCUCAAAUAACUAUUAGAAUAGUCUCUAAUGUGUUAUAAUGAAUGCAGUUAAGGUCAGAGAGAUGGAAUCAAUUUAACAUCAUUUAAUUCAGUCACAUGAGAAUUAUUGUUACUGAGUGUUGGGUUUUAAUGCGCUAUGCCAUUUCAAUUUACCCUGAAUGAGAAGCAUAUUCUGGGUUAUUUAGAGAUUUUGGAGAGACUUGUGUUGAACUCGUUGAUGUGUUAUUAGUCCACAGUGGAUGUAGAUGUAUAUGUCUCUGAGAUGUAUACUGCAUACACACACACCCCCAUUGCAGGUUUGGACCUGCUCAUGGGAUGUGUAGCCAGAAAGGAAAAUAUAGAACAUGAGUAGACAUAUCUUUAAUGUGGAAAGUAAUGACCAAAAUAUUGUCUGACAUCAACCAAAUUAAUUCAUGAGAAAUAUAAAUUGCCAAAUGUAGACUACAGAUACAUGAGAAGCGAGAACACGUCUCCUACACGCAAAUGUGCACUCUAGAAAGCCACAGAGGCAAUAACAGAUUAUGUAGCAACAAAUGAUAAUUCCUUUGAGUGUUCAGAUGAGAUGUGUAGCCAGCGAAGUACUGUUUCAGGUGCUUGGGUUAGUUUAUGCCACUGAUGAAAUCAUGUGUCACUUUUCACAAUCAUAACCGUGUUAGUUUUUCGACAUGCGUAUGAAUGAUGUUUGUAAAUGUUUUCCUCUCUUCCUGGUCUUUGUACAGCAGCAUUAGGCAGAUGUCAUAAUGUAGCCUUUUCCCCAGGAAGUCUUCUGUGUGAAGAUGCUGCAGCCUCAGGAGACGCUCUCACUAGACUUCUCUCUGGCUUCAUUACUUUUCAUUGAUCUGCACUAUUUUACAUUGCGUUCAUGAAGGAACAUUGCUGUUAACACAUUUAAUGAAUCUCCAUGUUAUUUGUAUUACCAAGAAAUCUAAAUCUCUGUUUUUGGCCAAUCACAUUUUUAUGUCUACGUUCUCAGUUCCUUUUUUUGUGAUUCAAAUAUACAUUUAGUAAAUAAACCGAAGUAACCUCUCCUCUCCAUUGGUGAUUAGCACAUCAUAUAUUAGCAAAUGACCCAAUGUGUCCAGCUGAGAGACAGGAAAAAUGUCAUGUGCGUGACAAUGUCUUGAUGGUAACUAACAAUCUAACCGCAGGGGAGGAUGCUCUCCACCGCAUCACAGAUACACAGCCUGACAGAUGUUCGGAGCAGAUGUUCGGAGCAGGUUUCUGAAUGCCUCCCACGCUUGGUUUAGCAUGGUUAUAAACCCAAAGGCUGCCAUUAACUUGUUUGUAAAUAUAAUGUUAAUCUCUCAAAUUCACUCAAAUGUUGAACUGUCGUUGUCGAGCAUAAUCAACAUGCUCAGGAUUAAUCAUCUGGAAUCCAUUAAUAUAUGAACCACGUGUGGUUAUAGUCAUAUGUUUAUACAUUAAUAAUACACGUUUGAAGUUUGGUUUAUGUGAUAUCUAUUUUAAAAUGUCUCAAUGUGGACGCAGCAGACUGUAGCACCCAUGUGGCUCAGCAGUGUCUCCGCCUCGCUGUCUUUAUACUGUGAGGGGCACAGUGGACAUCAUCAUUGGCUCGUCACAGAGAAACCAUACGAGGCUUGGCUCGGUCAUAACAUACAAGUAUCGAUAUAUGACAAGUAUCGAUGGAUUAGACUACGCAAGGACCAUCAUACAACAUAACCACCAGCCCAUUCUUCUGCAGCGGCAGUGACAUCACUCGAGGCGCAGUGUGGCCUCCUGCCGCGAGACACAACAUCUUUGGGCUGUGAACAGUUUCAUGUCACCGUGGCUUUUAAGUUGUACAACGUUGGGAUUUAAAUUUGUUGUUGUAUAGCUGGCUUAUGUUCCCACUUACCUUGUUUUGCGUUUGAGUCCCUUUUGGGACAGUUAUCUGUCUUUUGUGUGGACAUAAAAUAAAGUAAGUAAGAGUUUAAUACA